CGAACAAUUAUUUGACAUCGCUGGGAAGAAUAGUUUAAAAGGUUUCGAUAGAAAUAAUAAUAUUGAUUUUCAACUUCCAAUGUCUUCAAAUCUGCAAGAAAAUAAUAAUAAUAUCUCAGACGAAAAACACGAAGAAAUAAUGGAAAUAGAGGCGAUAGAAGACACCUCUCGUGAUUAUAACAGUAAUGAUGAUUGUGAUGCUACAACAUCUAGUCAGGAGUUGCAAUCAAAGUCAGAUUCAUUUAUGAGUCAAAAUUCAAAUGUGUCUAACUUUGAAACAGAUUUUUUAACAGCAAAACGGACACCAAAAAUUAAUAUUAUGACGCCAGAAUUAGCUGCUGCACUGGAUCGUGGUAAUGUAAGUAGCCGAAGCGCCACAUAUGUUUUGGCAGCUACUUUAAAAUGUGUGGGAUUCGAUACUCGGAAUGUAAAUUUGAGUUAUAAAACUAUUCAACGACAGCGUAUAAUUCAUCGGAAAGAAAUUGCUAAAGGCUUAAAAGAAGACUUAAAAUUCAAUGACAAUUAUGUGGUCCAUUGGGAUGGUAAACUGCUAAGUGAUAUUGUUGGGACAGAAACAGUAGAUAGGCUUCCGGUGAUUUUAACAUCGAUCUGGGAUUGA